ACGGUCCAUCCCCGGCCCCUCUCCGGCUCCUCUCCGGCUCCUCUCCUCUGCAGUCCGCCGUCCUCUGUCCGCCCUCCACGGUCCAUCCCCGGCUCCUCCACGGCUCUUCCCCGGCUCCUCUCCGGCUCUUCCCCGGCUCCUCCACGGUCCAUCCCCGGCUCUUCCCCGGUCCAUCCCCGGCUCAUCCCCGGCUCCAGGUCCAGGAUGUCCAGCAGCUUCUCCAGACUGCUCUCCUCCCGGGGCGGCCGGGCGGGGGUCCUGUCGCUGCUGGGGGGGUCCGUGACGGCCGCGCUGCUGCUGCAGCACCGCGGGGCCGGCGCCAGCGCCGCCGGGCCGGUCCGCAGGCUCUACCCGGCCAGCGCCGAGUACCCGGACCUGCGGCUCCACAACAACUGCAUGGCCAGCCACCUGACGCCCGCCAUCUACUCCCAGCUGUGUGACGCGGCCACGCCCAACGGCUUCACCCUGGACCAGGCCAUCCAGACGGGCGUGGACAACCCGGGCCACCCCUUCAUCAAGACAGUGGGGGUGGUGGCGGGGGACGAGGAGACCUACCAGGUCUUCGCGGCUCUUCUGGACCCGGUGAUCAAAGAGAGACACAACGGUUACGACCCGAACACCAUGAAGCACCCGACCGACCUGGACUCCAGCAAGCUCGUGGGCGGCCGCCUGGACGAGCGCUACGUGCUGUCCUCCAGGGUCCGGACGGGCCGCAGCAUCCGGGGGCUCAGCCUGCCCCCCGCCUGCACCCGGGCGGAGAGGAGGGAGGUGGAGCGGGUGGUGGUGGCGGCGCUGGACGGCCUGCAGGGGGAGCUGGCGGGCCGGUACUUCAGCCUGACCCAGAUGACGGACCGGGAGCAGCAGCAGCUCAUCGACGACCACUUCCUGUUCGACAAGCCCGUCUCCCCCCUCCUCACCUGUGCAGGGAUGGCCCGUGAUUGGCCCGACGCCCGCGGGAUCUGGCACAACAACGAGAAGACGUUCCUGAUCUGGGUGAAUGAGGAGGAUCACACCCGGGUCAUCUCCAUGGAGAAGGGAGGAAACAUGCAGCGGGUGUUUGAGAGGUUCUGCACCGGCCUGAAGGAGGUGGAGCGGCUGAUCCAGGAGCGCGGCUGGGAGUUCAUGUGGAACGAGCGGCUGGGCUACAUCCUCACCUGCCCCUCCAACCUGGGCACGGGCCUGCGCGCCGGCGUGCACGUCAAGCUGCCGCGGCUCAGCAAGGACCAGCGCUUCAGCCGCAUCCUGGAGAACCUGCGGCUGCAGAAGCGCGGCACCGGCGGCGUGGACACGGCGGCCGUGGGCGGCGUGUUCGACAUCUCCAACCUGGACCGCCUGGGGCAUUCCGAGGUCCAGCUGGUGCAGACGGUGGUCGACGGCGUCAACUACCUGGUUGAAUGUGAGAAGAGGCUGGAGAAAGGCCAGGACAUCAAGGUGCCCCCCCCCCCCAAGCAGUUCAAGUAGACCCCCC